AUGACUGCAGUUCUUAGAUCGAAGACAUACCUUGGUUAUAAGGUACCUGAAGAAAAUCAUACUCACAGUUACUUUAAGGUCGUAGAGGCUCAAUUUUGGCAAUUGAAACACUAUUUGGGAUUUCGUUUAAAUUCUGAUGAAUUAAUUAUACCAUGGUCUACUGUUUACGAUGAUUGGCAAAAAUCUUUGAAUCUUAUCGCAAAAAAUUGUAUUAAAAAGGCUCCCGGCUGCAUAACUGUGUUCUGCAAAGACCUCCUUGAAAUUUAUGAAACUUUCGAAGGCUCUAUUAUAAGGCAAAGUU